AUGGCAGGACGUCGGUAUGCCGACGACGUCUCGGUUGACCGCUACGAAGACAGACGAGAAAGUCAUGUGUCACGAAACGGACGCCGCUAUUACGAUGACCGGUACACAGAGGAGGAGAUAGACUACCGCCGCUCCACUCCUGCACCUGCCGCUGUCCGGGAGAGAGAGACGAUGGUGCGUGAGGAGGUCCGGGAGCGUCCUGGACGUACCCCUGCCUUCCUCGAAGAGGGCUAUGGCCGCACCUCGGCUGGUCCUGUGGUUCUACGCAAGCGAGAACAAGAAGAUUUCGAGUUCGCUGCUCGCCCCCGCCGACGGUCUCCUUCACCUGAACCCGAGAGGAAGGUCGAAAAGGAGGAAAUCAUUAUCAGGCGGGACGAGUCUGAGGUCCGGGCGCCUCCUCCGCGGAUAAGGGAGCGGGAGCGAGAUGUGGAUCGUGAAGAAAUCAUCAUCCGUCGAGACGAACGGGAACGGUCAAGGCCUCCCCCCCGAUUCCGAGAAAGGGACGUUGACCGUGAGGAAAUCAUCGUCCGUCGAGAUGAACGCGAGAGGGAUUUUCGACCGCCUCCGCCACGGGAUGUCAAUUCCUCAAGGGAGGAGAUUGUCAUCCGACGCGACGAGCGGGAGCGCGAGGCCGUUCGUUCGCCACCGCCACGGGCGGUCAAUUCAUCUCGGGAGGAGAUUGUCAUCCGCCGCAAUGAAGAGGAAGACCGACGCUCGCGAUACUAUGACGAUGACGAUGUCAUUUCCCGGAGAGGGGACUACGAUCGGAGACCCGCUCGAGGAGACGUCGACAGGCAAGAGAUCAUCAUCCGCCGUGAUGAACAGAACGUUGACGGCCGGCGCUACGAUGACUAUCCGCCGACUCGACCCAAGUCGCACGAGCGGGCCAGAUCAAGGGCACGACGCUCGAGUGACGCCUCCAAUGAGGAGAUCAUUAUUCGUCAAGAGGAGCGGGAAGGUCGCAGCGGAACCCGCAAUCAACAAGAAAUCAUCAUUCGACGGAGUUCUCGCUCUCGGUCUCCCGCCACGUCGGUCACGUCCGCCCGGACUGCUCCCCCUGUCGCCCUUCCUCCCCCAGAGCCCCCGGUCAUUAAUGCGCCUACCAUCCACCAAGAAGUCAUCACACAUCAUCGGCAUAUCGAUCAUGGCUUCGAAGUAGCAAUUCCCACGCGGCCACGGGUGAUCGAGAGACCACCGUCACCCCCGAGCCCCCCACUUGCACCGCUGCCCCCCCCUCCACGUGAACGAGCUCGGUCGGAGGAGCGGAUCGAGAUCAGCAGGGUGCAAACCCGCAACGGCCGCACCGAGGCCGAGGACAUUGUUAUCGACCGGAAAGAAAGAGACACGCCAAUCACACCGAGGAGUAUGACACCGUACAACCAUCCUCCGCCAGCACGUGAGCCGUACCACGAACCUGCACCACCUCGUCGUGAAGCUUAUCGGGGAUAUGACCGGGACGUGCAAGAAGAAGCCGAUUACUACAACUCCCGUGCUAUGGACCGAGCUUAUAUCGGUGAGGGCUACCAUGGAGCCACUCGGGAUUGGGCUAUUGUCGAUGUUCCUCCUGGAACCAACCGUGUGCGAGUGGACGGGGUCGGUGGGGCUAGUCAAGAGAUUACCUGGCAGAGAUACAACGGAGUGAGGAGAAGCAAGUUCAUCCCUGACGGGGUUGAUGAUGGCUACGAGGUUGCCCCGCCGCGACCGAACCCCUUGCCGGCGCCGGCGCCGGUUCCUGUACCUCUUCCACAUCCCGCACCUCUGCCAUCGGCCAACGGCGAGAUAGCGCGCCGGUACGGCAGGGAACGUAACCCCAAAGAUGGCCUGUGGACAGAAGUGACCAAGGAUUUGGUGGUCAAGGAAGCCAUCCAGGAGAUGGGUUACGAGUUUGAGGAGACUGAGGACUUCUACUACAUUAUUGCCUACUUGCGCUACGAGGACAUUGCGCGACUGGUAGGAUUGUCGGAUGACAUCCGCAAAGAACGCCGCAAGCGCAUCAAGGAGAUUGAGUGGGAGAACAGGGUGCUCCCUCCUCCCAUUGAAGAACCUGCCCCUCGUCCGCUUGCGAUCGAACCGCCGCCGCCCCCACGGCCACGUCAGGAAUGGGAUCGAGAGGAAGAACGGUAUAUCGAGCGCGAAGUCCUCUAUCGGGGUGGCAGACCCCCUCCACCUCCAGGCUGGAGACGUUGA